AUGGCAACCAACAUCGCAUCGACAUCCGCUUCCUCUUCUAGCUCAGCUGCUGUAGGCAGUGCUGCCGCCGACAAACUACGCACGGGACUCGAACACAAAGCGCAGGGCAACGCAGCCUUCACCAAGGGCGACAUCAAGGCGGCUUUGGCGUCAUACCACUAUGCUGUGCUGUACCUGUCUGGGCUAGAGUCUCGCAGCAUCUUGGGCCUGCUUGGAGAGAACUCGGGACGAGAGGGCAAGCCUGAAGAUCUGUCCUCUGACGAAGAGGACCAAGACGAUGGCGAACAGCAGCAGCAGCAGCAACCUGUCAGCGUACAGAGCGAAAAAGAGCUCUCGACAGUAUAUAGCAACAUGGCGGCGUGCCACCUCAAGCAAGGCAACUACGACCGAGCGAUUCAGACGGCAGACAAGAGCCUGAAAUGCGACUCGGGCAAUGUCAAGGCCAAGUAUCGAAGAGCGCAGGCGCUGCGGCUGCAGGGCGAGCUGUACGAGGCGCAAAAGUUUUGCAGGGAGACGAUCGAAGCGUUGAAGAGGAAGAGGGGCAAGGUGGAGGAAGAGGCGGUGGGAAGCUUUGGGAAAGAGUUGGCGGCGGUGGAGAGGAUGAUCGCAGUGAAGGAGGACAAGGCAAGGACCAAGUGGAAGGGGUUCCUGGGUCGGAAGCCGGACGUGUUGGCGGCGUCGGGUAUGAAUGCAGAGGAGAAAGGCAAUAAUCAGCAGGACGAUCUGACGAAGCAAGGCGGUGCUAGCGAGAGCUGA